AUGGCCUUGCUGGUGGCUGGCAGCCCCGCCCGGCUCCUAGCCAAGUCUCUGCAGGCAGCCAGCCAGCCGCGGCCGGGCCCCUUGCCCGCCAGCUGCGGGCACCGCCCCCAGCGCCAACCACCGCGGCGGCAGCAGCGGCGAGCAGCCCGCGCGCACUCGCAGCAGCCCAAGCAGCAGCCCAAGCAGCAGCAGCAGCAGCAGCAGCAUAGCCAUGAUCCUGAUGGCUGCCUGAUCGCCGACCACCACCAUGCGUCGGCAACAGGCUCCAUCGACGUCCUGGCCGCUGCCGCCGGCCCCGACGGUGACACGUGCCCACCCGGCAGCGCGCAGCGCUGCCAGCACGACGCCAACACGCGGUGCAGCCUGUGCGACUUGACCACGCGGGCGCCGGUGCGGGACGCCGACUGGACCGCGCUCAUCGGCACUCUCUUCCGCUCCAGCAAGCACGACUCUGCCAUCUUUGCCCUGGCAGUACCAGCCGUGCUUGCUCUGGCAGCCGACCCGCUGCUCUCCAUGGUGGACACCAUCUUUGCGGGUGCCGACGCGCUGGCUGCGCUGGGCGUCAACUCUGCGCUCUUCACCUUCUCCUUUGUUGUCUUCAACUUCCUGGCCACCGCCACCACGCCCAUGGUGGCUUCCUCGCUGGCGGUCGGGGACAAGGAGCACGCCGGCAAGGUCACCCUGCAGGCGCUGGGCCUGGCCAUGGUGCUGGGCACGGUGCUGGCGGGCUGCCUGGUGGUGUUCUCAGAGGGCGCGCUGUCGCUGAUGGGCGCGGGGCCCGAGGCGGGGCGGGUCCACGAGCUCGCCACAGAGUUCCUGGUCGUGAGGGCGCUGGCGGCGCCCGCGGCGCUGCUGAUGACGGUUGGCCAGGGCGCGUUCCGAGGCCUGCAAGACAUGAAGACGCCUCUGGCCAUCACGCUGGCCGCCAACGCCAUCAACCUUGCUCUGGACAUUGUGCUGAUCAUGGGGCUGGGGUGGGGCGUGCGGGGCGCCGCCACCGCGACCACCACCGCGGAGUGGGUGGCGGCGCUGGCCUACCUGGGCGUGCUGUACCGCCGGCGGGACGAGCUGGGCGGGCUGGAGCCGCGCCUGGUGCUGGGCAGCGCGGUGCAGGAGGCGCUGGAGGAGAUGGCGCCGUUCCUCAGGGCGGGCGGCGCCAUGCUGAUGCGCACCGCACUGCUGCUGGGCACCAAGACGCUCGCCUCCGCCACAGCUGCCAGGCUGGGCGUGGUGCCCAUCGCAGCGCACCAGGUCGUGACGCAGCUCUGGCUGCUCUCCUCGCUGAUAGUCGACUCGGUCGCGAUAGCUGGGCAGACGCUGGUGGCGGUGCAGCUUGGCAAGGGCGAUGUGCGCGAGGCGCGCGCCGUCAGCAACCGGCUGCUCGGGCUCGGCAUCGGCGGCGGCGUGGCCCUGGCCGGCGCCUUCUGGCUGGCGGAGCCCAUCGUGCCGGGCGUGUUCAGCAAUGACCCAGGCGAGCUAUCUGUCCUAUGCCAAGCUGGCCCGGCUGCUGCUGCGUGGCCUACAACUGAGUCUGCUGCCUGUCGUUGUGGCAGGCAUGCCUCUCCAGUAUCCAUGGUUGCUGACCUCGGUGUCCGUACCUGUGUUGGUGUUGCAGAGGUGAUUGCUGCCGUGCGCGAGAUCCUGCCCAUCGCCGUGGCCAUGCUGCCCGUCAACGCCGCGGUCUAUGUGUUUGACGGCAUCAUCACGGGCGCGGCAGACUUCAAGUUCAUGGCAGGCACGCGCAUGGGGGUGGCUGGCCGGCACGCCGUUGGGGUUGUUCUGGGGGUGGAAGCCCCUGAACUUGGGCUGCCGGGGGUGUGGUAUGCCAUGGGCUUUGCUCAUGGCCGGCCGCCGGGGACCAUUGUGGUGGCGGAACAGUCUGAGGCGGGGCCGCUGCCGCCCUCAGCUGAGCGGCUGGAGGCGCAGCCCGCAGAUCAGCUGCCGGCUGCAUCAGCAGCGGCACCAAGCAGCAGCGGAAGCAGCAAUGGCACUGCGGUCGUCCACGGCUUGGGCAGCAGCAGCGCCGCGCCGAGCCUGGCCAGCAGCACCGCCUCCACCAGCUUGGACGUUCUGGACGACCUCAGCAACAAUGUUGUGGAGAGCUCGCUGCCGCCGCAGGGCAGCCCGGCGUGGAGGGAGGCAGGCCCGGGCCGCAAGCAGCGAUGA